AUGUCUAGAGCUCAAGAUAACAACUCAAGUGAUUCCAGGCAACAUCCGAUUGUCUCAAACGACAGAACUAAUGCAUCUUGUCUAUCUGGUCCUGCGGGUAUUUUGAUUCCGCAAUCGUCCAUACGACCAAACAUGGUUUCGGGUGGCCCUGGUUUAAUCUCAACCCACUCACAGGCUAUUUCUGCCAUUUCAAAUUUGACUGCUGGAAAUGCGUCGAUACUUUCUCCUACACUUCCGGGUGGUCUCGCAGGCUGUCGGGCUUCUCAAACCCUGGCUCCUCUUUUGAUGACAAAUGGCCAGAUGCUUAUACCUCCACAACUUGGAACUAGCUUGCAGACUAGUGUAUCAAUGCCUAUCGGAACUAACGCAAACUCUCUGACAUCUUCUGCUCCCAUGUUUAUUCAACAGUGCUCACCUGCUACUAUGUCUACUGUGAUGUCGAUGUCUCUUCCCUCUGCGUCUAUAGAUUCGACUGUCGGUAAUAAUUCUGCUGUGCCGUUCUUUCAAAACAUGCCGACCCACACUAUUGAUAGCACCAUUUCGUGUGAUGCUAGUGUUGCUUCAACAAGUUCACAACUUCCUCCUUUCUUGUCCCUUACUCUGACUCCACUCACUCAAGCUGGUGAUUUUCCUGCUAUUCAAGUUUCUCUUCCUGGCUUGCCUCUUGUAAUUCUCCAGGUUCUCCCCUUGUCUGGGGCUAAAACAGGCGAGCAGUAUACCAUAAAUGUGCCGACAAAUUUAAUACUUAAUGGUGUUGCUAGUGCUUAUUCUAACGGUGGGUCUCUAAAUGGUGGCCCCAUUGUUUUGUCUAUCGCUCCUGGAUCAACGAACCCUAUACCAUCUUCAGCGGGUUCUCUUUCCACUUCACCUUCAAUCCCCACAACUUCAAAUGGUCUUUCUUCUUUUCCCCCUACUUCUCUAAAUUCUAUCAUUCAAUCUCCAAUUUCUUCCAUUGCGAUGCCUACAGUAACUAUGCCUACCAUGGCGACGGGAACUACCAUAACUUCUGUGGUUACACCACCUCUAAUCGCUUCUAAGCCAACACUUUUGAGUACUCAGGUGAACGUCUCUUCACUACUCCCUUCAAGUCCUGGGCCUGGUCAUAGUCCGUCUUCUAUUGUAACUCUACUUGGAAAUAAGAGACCGAGGGCCAUUGCACCGAAGCCUAUCCGUGCGGAUCAACUUAUUGCUUUAUCUUCGAUGGCCACAAAAUCAAAUAAAAAGAUUUCUUCUCCAACGUCGUCACAGAAUACAAUCACAAUGCCUAUAAACUGUUCAAAGAAGUCCAUGAGCUUACUUCAAACAAAGUCAUGUGUGAUUGCCGCCCAAAACUCUUUUGUUUCUCUUGGCACUUCUCUUGGUUCAUUGCGUGGAAAAGCUACUAAACGAAGAGUAGGUGGUGCUCUGGCAACAAUAGGUUCAAAUCUACCCACUACAACUUUGAUUUCAUCGCAUUUAUCACCAUCCUUAAGCAUGCUGGCUGGAUUGCCGGGAGGUCCACAGCAAUUGCUGACCGGUGGUCAGAUAAUGGGAGCAUCUGGUAACAUCACUGGCUCCUUAUCUCUAUCUUCUGCUUCAGCUCUUACUUCUGGGGCCCUAUUUACCACAUCAAGUAUUGCUGGACAGACUUUAUCUAGCGCUCCGUAUCAUUUAAUGACAGGAGCUCCCUUGGGUUCUCAGACCCAACCAUUCAUCCUUAGUUCAUCUGGGCAUAACAACGUGCCAUCCUCGACAGCAUUUUUCAUUGCUCCAACUCUACCUCCAAUCGCAUCUUCCUCAGCUAACGAAGAUGUUCAGAUGAUCACAUCUUUCUCUCCUGUCUCUAAUUUUCAGGCUAAUGCCCUCAAUAGCGGAUGCACUAGUUCUUUGGCCCAAUCUGCUACCGGGACCUCUGUCACCUUCACCACUACAGGAAGCAUGAUUUCCCCUUUUCCUGCAUCGACACCUGUUAACCUCCCCUCUCACGAUUCUCUUUCCACCUCUCGGUCGCCUGUCACCUCUAUGCAUGCGCCUUCUGCUCUUCUUCCUUCGGCGUCCGGGAGUCUUUCGUCAACUAUGGCCUCUGUUGAUCCACAUACUGGCAUCAUCACCUACUAUCAAACAGGGCCUUUUCUUCAACCCCAUUCUCAAACAAAUGGAGCUGGCGCCCUUUCCCUUGGUCUUCCUAGUGUUACUAAUGGCGAACUUUCGUCUGUUUCUGAUCCCAAGCAAUCGCUUCCACCACCUAGUGCUUCUAUCGCUUCUCAGUCUAUUCUUGGAAUUCCUCCCGCUUCGGCACUGCAUUCCACUCAUCAGACCCUGAUCGAUCCAAGCCGCAGGCCCAUACUUAUUUCAGGCGGUCAGAUAACUCCGGGCCCAGGUGCUCCUGGGACAAGUCUAGUUAUGUCCGCUCCAACUAUGCUUACAGGACCCUCUGCCAGCCUCUCCACUCCUGUAUCAGUUAUUAGUGGUAUAGGUAGCAGUGAUGCUGGCAACGGGACUUCUGCUGGUCAGCCUUUAAUGUCGCUGGCCAGUACUGCAACUGGCUUUCUCCAUCCCUUUUCCAAUUCCAGUAUUUUUCCUUCCUCUGUUACCGCUUGUCCUGCUCCUCCUGGCACUGUAUUUCAAUCAACUACUGGGGGCGUCUUCAUUGCCACACCUCCACCAGCCACACUUUCCGCCGAUUGCAGCGCAGCAGAGCUAUCUAGGAGUGCUAUCCCACCUCUCAUCACUAAUUUAACUGAUUCAUCUACACCUAAUGUUUCCCUUCUACCUCUCUCGAGCGAGACCAUUUCCAUUGGUUUAGAUCCUGGGUCGGCUGGCCAGAUUGGAUCAAACGGCGACGGCAGUGUCCUUCAAAAAGAUGACAUUCUCAGUCUUGCCUGGCGCCUCACCAAUCUGGAUGAUGAUACUCUGAUUGAUUCUAGCUCGUCCGUCCAAGUGUUGGACGAGAUUGGGACUGGCUAUUCCAACUUUGUGUCCGCUUCUGCUGUUUCUCAGUCAUCUGGACUUGUUAUGGUAAAUGGGAUGAAUAGCUCUGAGCACGUCGAAGACGAGCUAGCUUGUUCUGUCGGCCUCAAGGUUACUGGGCCUGGAUCUCAUGUCGUCGAUGCUACCAGCACAGGCAACGCUGAUCUUGAUGCUCUUUUGGCUGCAGCUGCCAUGGUUGGUGCGGCUAGUGGUGUUGGAAACGACCAGACUUCCGUCUGCGUCCCGCUACCGGCUGGAGCUCUUUCUACUCGCGACCAAAUUGAUCUUGACGCCGAUUCUGACGAAGGUGAAAUUCAGCUUAGUCGGUUGGCCGCUGAAUCAGUGCAAUCCAUUUGUGGACAGGGUUUGGCUGGCAGUGGAUUGUCAGUGGAGCCGAGCAGCAGUCAGGAUUUUUCCUCUGGCGCCAAGAAGACGCGGAAAAGAGUGAAGAAGAAGCCCAAAUUGGCGGUGGUUUCAUGCUCUUCUUUCCUCACCAAGGCAACGCCAUGCAUAGUCAGCACCAUCUCUUCUAUUACCCCCCUUCCUACAACGACAACCAGCACCCCCAGUAAGAGCACAGGCAAAUUUCUUGCCAGCCCCAUAGACAAGGCAUGCACAUUGAACACGUCGUCUGGCGCCGAUAUCCCUAAAACUCUGCUGGUACAGAAGGAGAAGCUGUCCACCGCACCGGACCAUGAUGAGGAUAACUUAACGGAAGCCACUAGUCUUGCAGCUGCUCUUGCUUGCAGUCCCGAAGAUGCCGCUGACCUCGAAUCUGUUCUUGGCCCCACGGCCACCGGCCUUGAUGAUGAGACCAGUGAGCAUGUAGUGAGUGAUUCGUUCCUCACUCACGUCCUUGACGUGGUAAGCGGCGAUCAUGCAGAUGCCGAAGAUCUGAAUAAUCUUGGUCUGAUUGAUGUUGAAGAGGUUGGAUCUCUUUGCGACAAAUCAUUGCCGGAAAGAGGUCAAAGCGCUUGCCUCGUGCCUUCCGUUCACGAUGAUGAAGAUGUGAUGCGAUUGAUCGAAUUUGAUAAUGAUAAAGAUUUGGGGGAUAGUGAUAUUGCUGUUGAUAUGCCUCCUGUGCCUAGUGAAACGGAGGCCCGAUCUCUUCUUCAUGAUCAUCAACAUAAUUCACCAACUGAAGAGACCACUCGUGUCCCUAUAGCAGCUUCACCUAACGGACCGCGACGUAUUGAUAUGAGACAACGAAGAGCCUGCUCCGAGAUGAGUCGUCGACUUAGUCGAGCUCUGAGACGUUCAAAUCCAGCCCACUCUGGUUCUGAUACACAUAAUUUACUCUCCCGCCCUUCAGGCAGUCCAACCCUUGAUGAUGGCCAAAUGCCGGAAGUUGACAUAGACGAAGAUGAUUUUAUUGUCAACGAUUUUUCAGUUCCUUCAGAUCAGUAUACAACGGAAGAGCAGUUUAAUGAGGCCUUACUUUUGCUCGGACCUCCUCCAGCUAUCGAAGAAGUAAACGGACCCAAUCGAUUGUCUGAUUCUCCUAGUCCCAAAAGCUCAAAUACAGUCCUUCCUGUCCCAGAAGCUCUUCCCAUUUCGGCCGCGGACAGGUCUAUCUCUAGCUCCAGGCCAGCUGGCAAGGAAGUAUUAUUCAUCGGUCCUCAAGAUCUGAACAUAAGCACACACCAUCUUGAUAAUGAAUCCAGAUCCCCAAUCCAAGAGCACCUAAGCGUAGUCGUUUCUCCCAAAGAGGCGAUUAUUUCGCUCCGGCAUCAUGAAUCCCAUUCUAAUGCUACUGAACAUGAAUCCAUAUCCAAUCAGGCAAAUGUGACUCAACUUCCGAUUCUGCCUCAUGCAACCAGUCCAGCUCAUACUAAUGACCUACCAGAUUUGGCUUCCAGUGUUGAUAGGGAAUUUCUCAAGCUCUUUUUUCUUCAUGAAGAAGGGGAGAAUGAUGAUCCUUCUGUUGGUGUUAUAGGUGGCGAUCUCGAUGGUGUAGUAUCUGAGGCAGAGGCAGGGAUUUCCACAAUAGUCGUUAAUCACACAGAGGAAGCCAGUGUGGAGUUAUCUGUCAUUCCUGUUGACGAUCUUUGUACUGACUGCUCAGCUGACUCAGGAUUACAAAUCCACAGUCAACUCGAAAUAUGUUCCGAUCUAGAAUUAGCUUCUAAUGUAGAUCGCAAUUUGCCUCUUUUUCUGCCUCCAGCUCCUCCGUCUUCGUUCUCUUCUGCUCCGGCUUCUCUCACUGUUUCUUUCGCCGACCCAGCACUUUCAUCUGGUUCUCUUGAGGAAAAUAGGGCCUCAGACCAUUCAUCGGCUAUGGAGAUUGUGGAUAAUCCAGAGUCUCAUACGAGUAAUGAAAAUCAUUCGCCAGUUAAUAUAAUAGCAAGCAAGCCUCACGUUUCUGGGUUGGAGAAAAUGGUGUCAGGUAAAGAUAAUGACGAAGAGCCAGAUGGAGAAGAAGAUGAAGAGGCCACAUUGGCUAUGACUCUUGAAGCUGGUCUCGAAGACGAAGGCCGUGUCCAAUCUCCCCCCAUCCUCUCCGAAGAUCAUUCUGCAACCGAUCUCACUGCGAUUCCCACAAAACUCUACCGCUCUCCAGUUAAACUGGUUGGAGACGAAAUGUCAAACACCUCGGAAAUUUUCACUGGCCCUUUUUUACCAAAUCGGCCCGCU